UUUAAACCUUCGGUCACCCUGGUUUGGCACAUUCGAAUAUUAGCUCUUUAGAAAUGCUGUUACAUCCACAAGCCCGGCUUAAACUUCGGUUAUUAGGUCGCUGGACACAUUUAUCAAUCAAUCGCUAUGCCAGCAACAAGGACAAGGAGAUGCUGAAGGAAAUGGAAGAGCGCUACAAGAAGUUGGCCGCGUCCAAUUCCAAGUCUUUGCUGAAGAAGCAUCUCACCAAGAAGAUCUUCGAUAAUCUGAAGACAAAGACGACGCCGAAAUUCAACUCAUCGUUGAUCCACUGCAUCAGUUCCGGACUGUGCCACCAUGACUCCGGCGUGGGUCUCUACGCUCCGGAUCCGGAGGCCUAUAAGGUAUUCGCCGAACUUUUCGAUCCCGUCAUCCAGGAUUACCACAAGGGCUUUAAGAAGGAGGACAAGCAGCCGGCCUCUUGUUUCGGCAAGGGCAGGGACUUUGAGAACCUAGAUCCUGACGGCCAAUUCAUCGUAUCUACUCGGGUUCGGUGCGGAAGAGCCAUCAAGGGCUUCCCCUUCAAUCCCUGCCUAAGGGAAAACACUUACAAGGAAUUGGAGAGCAAGAUUUGUAAAGCACUAAUAAAACUCACCGGGGAACACAAGGGCAUCUAUAUGCCACUGACUGGAAUGGAUCAAGAUCUUCAGAAGAAGCUCAUCGAUGACCACUUACUAUUCAAGCCGGGCGAUCGAUUUUUGGACUCCGCAGGGGCCACUCGUUUUUGGCCAGCUGGAAGGGGCAUCUUCCUAAAUGACGCCAAGAACUUCAUGAUCUGGUGCAACGAGGAGGACCACAUACGCAUCAUCUCGAUGGAGAAGGGUGGCGAUCUGGGCAGAGUCUACGACCGCAUGGCGUGGGGAGAGGAGGCCCUCGGCAAGCACAUCGAGUUCAACAGGGACGAACGCCUUGGCUUCCUGACCUUCUGUCCCACCAACCUGGGCACCUCCAUUCGCGCCUCGGUGCACAUAAAGCUGCCCAGCCUCAUGGACCAGCCGGAGGAGCUGAAGAAGCUGGCCGAGAAGUACCGACUCCAAAUACGCGGCACCACGGGGGAGCACACGGAAGCAGUGGGUGGGGUGCACGACAUAUCUAACCAGCGAAGGUUGGGUCUCACCGAGUACGAGGUCAUCAAGGAGAUGCACGAGGGAAUUAAGGGCCUCAUUGAAGCCGAAUGCAAGGCAAAGGGUGCUUAGCCAAAGUGAUUUAAAUGCACAUAAGUUUUAAGUUCUGACUAAAUUUGGAAGUACAACAUUAACUUUAAAAGUUAACUAGUUUAUAUUCAGAUCAACGUGUUCAAAUUGUAAAAUAUACUGUAAAUCAAGACUAA